CAAAAAAAUAUAGACAUAUCGUGCGUGGGCGUCUGAAACAGCUGUUUUCGUCCACAAUUUAAAGCGGAAAAAAGUGUCCACAAAAACUCAGCACUCAGCACGAGCACGAAAGCCUGAAAGUUUACGAGAGAAAGAGAGAGAAAAAGCUUUUUAAUGCGUGCGUAUUUUAGCUGAACGCCGUCCAAGCUACGGGCCGUCUCUCAGUCGAACGGCCAACGAAGUUGCAGACGCAACAAAUUUUGUGGUCAGCGGGUCGUGGCUCUGUUGUAGGCAAAGUCUCUGGUGGUGCGUGGCAACGGCAGAGCCCAAAGCGCAGCUUCUGUUAUUGUUUAUGCACACAAACAGCACACGCACACACACACACAGGCACGCAUAUUUACAAAAUCGAACGCAGCAGCACAGUGCGGCAGCUUUAGUGCGCUGCUCUGGCGCUCGGUGACGUCACAAUUUUGAUCGCGACAGCCAAAUUGUAUAAGAGCAACAACGAUGAAGCAAGCCUACCGCAUCACCUUCGGGCGUUUAGUGCGUCACAUUCACAAUCAACAGCUAUCGCCCGCCAUCAACAAUUGCCGCAAAUUUACCUGCCUGCCGACCAGCUACAAUGAGAGCAACAUCAUCAGCCACAUCUGCAACAGCAGCCACAGCAACAUUCUGGCGCAACAUUUGCCCAUUUCGACGCGCAACUACUCCAAGUUCAGCACGCACCUGAACAGCGAACGUGCCAUGGAGCUGCUGUGCAAUCUGGACGCAGACGAACGGCACAAUUUACGGGAUGCAAUGUUCAAACUUGAGGCCGACAAGGAGAAGAAGCAGUACGAAAGUCAGCUAGCUGUUGGCAGUUGGCGAACACGCUUCGGACGGCUAUCCAAUAAGGUGGGCGAGGUGGAUCCAACGGGCACAUUUUGUGCGGUGCCCGAUGAGUGGCUCAAAAAGAAACUUGUCGAGGCGGCGGAACCACCAACUGCUCGACAGUUGUAUAGUAUUUUCUUUGUGAAUGCUGUGCCAUUUGUAGCAUUUGGUUUUCUGGACAAUUUCAUUAUGAUUAUGGCCGGCGAAUAUAUUGAAAGCUCUUUGGGUCAUUUUAUAACCGUUUCAACAAUGGCAGCUGCAGGAUUGGGUAAUACCAUAAGUGACAUUAUGGGCAUUACGAUGGCCACCUAUGUGGAAGAGGGAUGUCAGAUGUUGGGACUUAAACAGCCGCGAAUGACACCCGCACAAUUUGAAUUGAAAUCGAGCAAGCGAACUGCCAGCUGGGGGCGGAUUAUUGGCAUCACUGCUGGCUGCCUGAUCGGUAUGUGUCCCCUGUGGGUAAUGAAGGACGAAUCAAAAGCUGUCGCAGAGGACUAACUCGGCUAAGCGUAACUAGUGUAAAUGGUCAAUUUAAGCAGAGCGGGCCAGAACUCUGUCCCAACUAAAUAUUCAUUCAAUUUUUAAAACGAAUUUUAAUUUCUAAAAUAUUGAGGUUUUAGUUAUAAAGACGAGACGAUGCGCCGCAUAAUCCUUACUUAGUCAAACAAACUAAAGUGACACUCAAUGUACCUACUAACUAAAUACUAUUUAAGAUGAAAUGUGUUUGUAGUUAAGUAGGCUUUAAAAUUAUGACUGCACUCUAUAAAGAACAGAAGAGCGCAUCUUAACUUAAGCUGCAUUUUGUUUUCUUUUCAUUUUCCUUCUCUCGGAUUGAACUCUAAACUAGCGGUAAAUAAAUGGAAAAGUUAAAGAACAUAUAUAUAUAUAUGUUACUGACAAUGUAUUGUAGCUGCAAAAGGUCCAAAACAAGAAAACCACAAAAAAUGUAAAACUAAAAAAUCAAAAAUAGAAAAUUUUUGUAGUGAACUUAGCUGAAGGUGAAUUACAUGCCUAAAUCAUUGGUCAUCCAUUAACAAUUAGCAAAACACCCUAAAAACUAACUUAAUAUUAAUGUAAAACCUGCCGAGUAGAAGAAUAUUAAGGAUAAUGUUAUUAUUUAUAUCUUUCACUCGCCACACUGCAAAGUGCCUACGAAUUGCUUUAACUAUGCACCUCACUUCUUGAAGCUAUUCCAAAUUCAUGUUACAUUUGAUCCAGCAGAAAUCGGCUUUAAAUAGAUUGAAAUUGCGUAUUAAUCAGUAGCAAGAAAUUAAAACAAAAUAACAUUAUGUACAAUAUCAAAGUCCAAAUUGUAGAGAGCUUAAAAAUAAAUAUAUCAAAUUGAA